UAAAAAAAAAUAUUUGGACUCAAUAUAAAAAUAAGGAGUAGAAGGGAAGUUGGGGAGGUUCAUCUACCAGUAGUCGAGGAGGGUGCAGAUAGUCAGAGUUUGAAGGAGCCGUUUACUUUCUUUCUCUCUUUCUCUUUCGUGAGUGGUUGAUCGGAAGGAAUUGAACCAAGAACAUGGCGUUGCAGAGCAGUUGCAGCAAUUCUCUGAUGCAUAAAUCAGCUUCACCAUCGGCGGUGUCUUUGUCUUCGUUCAGGUUAAAGCAGGGAAGAUCUCUCUUGACCAUUUCUGAUUCUAAUAAUUCUGAGAAAUGGAAGAGAACAGGUCUUGUUUGUGUCCGUGCUGUGAGCCGCAACAGCAGCAGCAGCAGCGGUGGUAGUGGUGGUGGCAGCAGCAGUAGCAGCAGCGAUGCCAAGAAGGGCGGCGGCGGAGUGCCUAAUUCAAAUUAUGUGGUUCCGCUGGAUAAGUCAUUCUCAUCGGCGAACUCCUCCUGUAUCACUCGUCCUCUGGCUGAGAUCCUGAGGGACCUCAACAAAAGAAUCCCUGAUAACAUCAUCGUCAAAACCCCAUCUUCUAAUGUUCCCGCUCUCGCUUCGGCCACCCCCUUUAUCCCCUGGUACCACGCGAACAGGAUGUUGAGCUUCUAUGCUCCUGGUUGGUGUGGAGAAAUACGUGAUGUUAUAUUCUCUGACAACGGCUCUGUCACUGUUGUGUACCGUCUCACCAUAAGGGGAUCUGAUGGAGAGGCAUUCCGGGAGUCAUCUGGUACAAUAUCGUCUAGUGACAGCCACAUUGUGGAUCCCGUUGCUGCAGCAGAGGAGAUAGCUUUCUGCAGAGCAUGUGCUCGGUUUGGCCUCGGCCUGUAUUUGUAUCAUGAAGAAUAGAUGCCAAUGAGGAACAUGAUGGAACCAGCUGUUUUCGUAUGCCUGUUUGUAGGAGCUCUUUUUGUAAAGUUCACUGUUCUUGAGAACUAGGUAAAUGAACGCUUCGUAAACGGGAGACGUUUGGUGUGCCCUCUUUCUAAAGAGUUUUCUUUUUUAUCAAAAAAAAAAUGUUUCUUUUGAAUUCUUUCUAUUAUAUUAUCGUGUUACAUAUUUCAAGACAAUCAAGGUAUAUAUACCAGACAGAUAGUCUGAGUACUGAAAAUUAAAUUUAGAACAGCAUUGGAUUC